AUGGUACAAGUUCUCGGCAUCUUCAAUUCCACAUCAGGCCUUCUCGCCAGCGCUCUCGGUCCGGUCAAUUUCGGCCCAGGAAGCUUCACAGGGCACCCUUCCCGGUCUUACAGCGCUAAGCGUUCCAGCGCUGAGAGCAAUCCUUCCACCAUAUGGAUAGCUGUUGGGGUUGAUCCUGAACGCGAAAGACCAGGCUUUAGCACGAUGGGUGGGAUCAUGCCUGAUGCCCGCGUGUAUGACCAAAAGGGAAAGCUUCUUGGGAAGUCCAUCCAUAACAAGGGUGCUCGGGAGGGUGACACGGGUUACAUAGUGGUUCCUCAACAAGCAGCUAACUACACCUUAUUCUCAGGGAAUCAUGACAUGAGUGAAAAUUUCGAUAAUGCCAUUUGCAUUGCUUGGGCUACUAUCCACUGGCAGUCAGAGGGGUCAGAGUACGCAUGGUCAGGGGGCUGGGGCCAUGCUUGUGAGAAACAUGGCGCUCAGUGGUACUACAGCGGAAUGACUAUCCCCGGCAGCGACAAUCACAGCCCGGACUGCCUUUGGGUGUGGCAUUGGGAGGAAUCCCAAUAUCCUGGCUAUCCGCCAGGAACUAGCGAAAGGAACCCGCCCGUUCGGGAAUUCCAUGUCAACUGGGCAGACGUGAAAGUCGGCGAAGACGACCCUCGUCUCAAUACCAGCGCACAAUACAUGUGUGAUAGCAGAUCGUUCCGGCUGUACAAGAAUCACGACCCGCAGGAGCUUGAUCUGCGGUGGAACGAGGUUUACAAGAGACCGGAUAUUGGCCCGCCAAGCCAUUACACGACUUCGGAGAAGACGACAACAAAGCCGUCGGCAACAGAGCUGAUCAACAGACGACAAGCCCACACCGAGCACACCGAGCACAACGACCAAGAGCAGCACCAGCAACUAACCCCGAGCCCCGGCAAGCCCGGCCGCCGCCGCCACAGACGAGGCCAGAGCUUCCUCGAGAAACUCUCCACCACCCUGGUCAUCAACGACCACGAGCAGCAGACGGCCGAGGGCCUCUGCGGCAGCAAGGGCUCGCUCGGCCCCAGCUUUGCCGACUCCAGAAACCGCGUGUACUGUGACAUGGAAACCAAAACGCUGCACCCUUUCUGUGAAGGCGGCAGCGAUGGUAGCCUGUGA